AUGGCCUCCAAGCUCAAGUCUCUCUACGCGUUUGCACGGAACCGUGCUUCUCAGGAGACCAACGAUCCUCCUCCGGCUUACACGCCCACCGCCGCUACCUCUUCCAAGCCCGCCAUCGCUCCCUCUCCCGAGCCCAACGCCGCUCCCUCAUCCUCCUUCACGCCCACGACCACGGCUGCCGCUGCCGGCGCUUCAACCGACGAUGACGACCCCUUUGCCUUCCUCUGCGCCUUUGACACCGUCUUCCUCAUCGACGACUCCUCUUCCAUGAACGGCCGCGCCGGCUACUACUCCCCGUCCUCGCCCUGUUUCUCCUCGUGCUGGGACGAAGUCGCCGACGUUCUCCGCGCCAUUGUGCCCAUUUGCACCGCGCGCGACGCCGACGGCAUCGACCUCUACUUUCUCAACCACCGCUCUCGCUCACCUUCCGCUAUUUACUCGCCACCAUCCGGCAAAGCCGGCGGCGGCUACUACAACAUUCGCUCCGCCGCCGAGGUCUCUUCCAUAUUUCAGAGCGUGGUUCCUUGCGGCACUACGCCCACCGGGGAGCGCCUCGAGGAAAUUAUCAGGCCGUACCUCAAGGGUUUGGAAAAAUCGGCGGCGAAGCAACAGUCGAAAACGUCUUCUUCUUCUUCUUCCGCCGCCGCUGGAGGGGGAGAAGCUGCCAGGAAGAACAAGAAGGAGAAUAAGAAGCCCAUGAACUUGAUUGUGAUUACGGAUGGCAGGCCGACUGAUGACCCUACGGGCGUGCUCGUCGACGCCGCGUCGAGGUUGGUCGCGGCGCGCGCGCCGGUGGCGCAGCUCGGCGUGCAGUUCUUCCAGGUCGGCCGGGACGCGGGCGCGCGGGCGGCGCUGCAGGAGCUUGAUGAUGGGCUGAUCAAGUACUCAGGCAGGGAUAUUGUGGACUGCGUGACGUGGGACGACGAGCGCGCCGGCAGGGGCGUGCUCACGGCCGAGGGCAUCCUCAAGGCGGUGCUGGGGGCGGUGUCGAGGAGGCUCGACUGGAAGACCUUGGCUUGGAGUAGGCCAACGGUGACGAAGAAGCAUUGGAAUUUCUAA